AUGAAGGCCACACUCGCCACACUCGCCACCGCCGCCCUCCUGGUCCUGGCUCUCGGCUGGACUUCUGAGGCCGUGCAGAUCGAGGAGAACGGCUUGUCGUUCUCGCUUGAGGCCGUGAAGAGGCUCCAGGAGCUGACGGUGAGCCGGGCAGCACCGGGCCAGCUGAACCCACGUUUCAGGGCGAGCAGCGUGACCCUGUGCGCCGACCCCAUGCUGCCACAGGAGUUCCUGCCGCUCUGCAAGCAGAGAGGAGCGUCAGCUUCUCUCGCCAGACUCGGCAUGGUUCCCCUGGACGUGUGUGAGAUCUGUGCUUUUGCCGCCUGCACCGGCUGCUAA